AUGAGUCACAUUUUGUAUGCAGUGUUACAUUGUCUCCUGGGCUUCUUCAUCCCCUCAGCCAACCUGCUGGUAAUUGUGGUUGUCUACAGACUAAUGAAGAAGAAAGAGGGAAGAAGCUACAUGUUCAUCCUCAACCUGGCUGCUGCAGACCUGCUGGUGGGACUGAUGUGCAUUGCAGAGGCACUAGAUGAUUUCCUGGAUGGAGACUUUGACAAGAACUUAUCCUAUUGUCUCUUACGGAUCUGCAUGGGCAUGACACCUUGCAUUGGCUCUAUUCUCACCUUGCUCUUGAUUUCCCUGGAUAGAUACUUGGCAGUGAGGCUCCCUCUCUAUUAUCCUACCCUCUUGAACAAAAAACCCAUGGUCUUCUCCCUCACUCUUCUGUGGGUGGUCUCCAUCUUGUUUGGGCACAUGCCUUUGAUUUCUCCUUCCCUGCAGCAAAGCAACUACACGGGUUAUUGUGGGCUGCUGUAUGCAGCCAAAAGUGACUACCUCUAUGUGACCUGCUUUGGGAUCUUCAUCCCUUCUUUACUGGUCAUCAUCUGUCUGCACAUCUCUGUAGGAAGAAUUGCCUACUCACAGCACAAGCGGAUCUGGCGCACCUGCCUGCCAGCAGAACCCCUCACUGCUCACCUUCGCCACUUCAAAGCACUGCGGACAGUACUUAUAGUGAUUGUUGGCUUCACCAUAUGCUGGGGACCUUACUACUUGGCAGGCUUUGUGCAAGCUACUUGCAACUCCUGCAACCUGGCCGACGUGAUGAUGGAUACCUUAUUCCUGCUUGGAGAAAUCAACUCCCUCUUCAACCCCCUCAUCUAUGCUCUGUAUAGCAAAGAUAUAAGAAGUCAGCUGCCCAAACUGAUGACGUGCAAGAAGAAAGGCCAAGUAAAGCCUCUAGCUGUGGUUCACUUUAAAAUCCGAGCCCUUAAUGAUGUAUCCACUGGAGAGGCUGACACACCCAAUUCACCUGGGGGUCAAGUCACCAAUACUACUCUCUUCAGCAGUACUAGCCAAAGCAAAAUAGACCUCUUAGUGUCAUGA